AUGGGCUACAGGGCAGGGCUGGGGCGCUUUUCAGGGAUCUAUAGGGUACAGCUGGGGACACAUGCUGCUACCAAAGCCAAGGGGUGCAUAAAGAUGGACAAUAUGAGGGUGGACAAUACGUAUAUGGACAAUAUAAGGGCAGACGUCACCCACAUGCCCCUGGCGGCGACAGGACACGUUGGUAGCUCCAAGACCUUCCUGCUGGUGCAGACCCCCCAGGGCCUGCAGCUCAUCCCCAGCCCCCCAGCACCCCCGCGGAAGCUCUUCCUGCUGCCCAGCACCCCGGCCGAGCCCCCCGCCUUCACCCUUCUGCCCGCCGAGGGUCCCCUGCCCCAGGCGGUGAAGGGUCCCCAGGCGUCAGGACCUCCUGCCACUGGGCAGAGCAUCCUGUUGGUACCCGGCACGGGGCAGGCGCUGCCCGGCAUCCAGCUCCAGGCCAUGGCGGGCGCCGCAGCAGGGACCAGUGUCAUUGUCCUGAGGGGUGGUGUCAGCGGUGUCCUUCCCCCACGGGGGCCACAGCCCCCCGAGGUCACCGGCGUCCAGCUGCAGGCAGCCGAGGUGACCAACGUCCAGCUCCAAGCCGUGCCACAACCCUUGGAGGUAACAAAUGUCCAGCUCCAAGCCACAGAGGUGACAGGUGUCCAGCUCCAAGCCCUGCCGCAGCCCUUGGAUGUCACCAACAUCCAGCUGCAAGCUGCUGAGGUGAUGAAUGUCCAGCUCCAAGCCCUGCCACAACCCUCCAAGGUGGCCAACAUCCAGCUGCAAGCCAGUGAGGUGUCCAAUGUCCAGCUCCAAGCCCUGCCACAGCCCUUGGACGUCACUAACAUCCAUCUCCAAGCUGCCGAGGUGACAAAUGUCCAGCUGCAAGCCUUGCCUCAGCCCUUGGAUGUCACCAACAUCCAGCUGCAAGCCAGUGAAGUGACAAAUGUCCAGCUGCAAGCCCUGCCACAGCCUUCAAAGGUGGCCAACAUCCAGGUCCACACUCUGCCACAGCCAUCAGAUGUCACCAACAUCCAGCUUCAAGCUCUGCCACAACCCUCGGAUGUCACCAACAUCCAACUGCAGGCUGCGGAGGUGACAAAUGUCCAGCUGCAAGCCCUGCCACAACCCUUGGAUGUCACCAACAUCCAGCUGCAGGCCACUGAGGUGCCCAGAAUCCAUCUCCAGGCCACAGACAUGACAGACAUCCAUCUCCAGGCCACAGAGGUACCCAAUACCCAACUGCAGACCACAGAGGUAGCAAAUGUCCAUCUCCAAACCACCAAGGUACCUGACAUCCAUCUCCAAGCCACAGAGGUGUCCAACGUCCAUCUCCAAACCAUGGAGGUCCCCAGUGUCCAUCUUGAGGCCACAGAGGUGCCCCACAUCCAGCUCGAGGCCACAGAGAUGGCCGACAUCCAGCUCGAGGCCACAGAGGUGCCCAGCAUCCAGCUCCAGACCACAGAGGUGCCCAGCAUCCCGCUCCAGGCCACAGAGGUGGCCGACAUCCAGCUCCAGGCCACAGAGGUGGCCAGUGUCCAACUCCAGGCCAUGGAGGUGCCUAACAUCCAGCUGCAGACCACAGAGGUGCCCAGUGUCCAUCUUGAAACCACUGAGGUGCCCGAUGUCCAUCUCGAAACCACUGAGGUGCCCAGCAUCCAACUCAAGACCAUGGAGGUGCCCAACAUCCACCUCAAGACUGUUGAGGUGCCCAGUGUCCAACUCCAGACCGUGGAGGUACCCAACGUCCAACUCAAGACCGUGGAGGUGCCCAGCGUCCACCUCAAGCCCACAGAGACUCCCAGUUUGGUCCCAGUGUUCCCCGCCAGUAAGGCCCCACUGAUCGCCAUUAUCAUCACAUUAAUGCUCAGUAUGGUCCCAGUCUCCUCCCCCAGUAUGGCCCCACUGAUGCGCAGUAUGGUCCCAGUCUCCCCCCAGUAUCGCUCCACUGAUGCCCAGUAUCAUCCCACUGAUGCCCAGUAUGGCCCCACUGACUCCUAG